GUUGGGCAAGGCUGGCGAGGACAAGCUCUCAUCUUGGGAGACGUUGCCUGAGAGGUUCAUUUUUCGCUGCGCACUUUUACCAGGAAGCGGGCUUCAUAAGAGGAGGGGUUAAUGGCCGCUCCAUGGUCGCCACAGCCAGAGGCUGUCGACGAGAUUGUGCAGCUGCUGAGCGUUCUCAACAACCCGGCGCAGGCGGAUCAGCAUGCUCAGGCGCAGCAGCAACUCGCGAUCUUCCAAGCGAACCCGCAGUUCGGCCUGUACCUCUCGCAUAUGAUGGCCUGUCCGUACCCGUCGGCGCAGGUGGACGAGAGGUUGAGACAGCUCGCGGGGCUGGUGCUCAAGAACCUCGUCAAGACCACCUUUAAGAGCUUGGAGCCCCAGGCGCAAGCCAUCAUCCGCGAGAGGGUGCUGCUGGGCGCGAGGGAUCCGUCGCAAGUUCUCAGGCACACGGCCGGGUCUGUGGUGACGACCGUCGUCAGCUCGACGCGGCUGUCGGAGUGGCCCGAACUGCUCCCGGCGCUGGUGGGCAUGCUGGAGAGCGAGGACCCGGGACUUGGCGACGGCGCCUUAAACACCUUGGUAAAGAUCUGCGAGGACUCGGCGAGAGAGCUGGAGUCGGAGGAGCUGGGGAGGCCGCUGAACCAGCUGGUGCCGAUGCUGCUGGCGCUCUUCUCGCACCCCAAGGACUCCUUCCGAGUGAUGGCCCUGACGUGUGUCAACAGCCUCAUCUCGCUCUCGCCCCAGGCGCUGCUACUCAACAUGGACGCCUACCUCGAGGGCCUGUCAAAAUUAGCUUCGGAUCCGUGUGCGUCUGCGAGAAAAGGGGUUUGCGAGGCCAUGGUCUUGCUCGUUGAGGUUAAUGUGGAGAUUAUCCUGCCCCGCAUGCAGGGCAUCUGCGAGUUUAUGCUAGUGGCACAACAAGAUCCGGAUCCUGAGGUCUCCACCGAGGCUGGCGAGUUCUGGAUGGCGGUUUGUGACAGAGGGGAAGGCUUGGAGGUGCUCAUCGAUAUGUUACCAAGGUUAAUUCCGGUGCUGGUGGCAUGCACGGUAUACUCGGCGGACCAGAUCGCGGAGUUCGAGUCGCUUCCUGCGGUGGACGAGCACAUCCCGGACGCUCCUGAGGACAUUCGGCCUAUGUUCCACCGCGCAAAGAGCGGGGGUGGUGGAGGUGGGGGCGGACUCGACGAUGAUGACGACGAUGACGGGAGCGAUGCGGACGGGGUGGCGGAGUGGCACCUGAGAAAAUGCGCCGCCGCCGCCCUGGACAGCCUGUCCACGUCCUUCGGCCCCGACCGUGUACUGCCUGCCCUGCUACCGGCGUUAGAGGAGAGACUCGCGAGUGCGGACGUGUGGCAGCGAGAGAGCGCCAUGCUUUCCCUUGGGGCGGCGUCGGAGGGAUGCCUGGAGGGGCUGGGCCCGCACCUCCCCGCCCUAUUCAGCUUCCUCAUUCAGCAGCAGAAGGCGGAGACCCCGCAGCUCAGAAGCAUCGCGUGCUGGGUCCUGGGGAGGUUCAUGAGGUGGAUCGUCGGGCAGGAGUCGGAGGAGCACUACCUGGUCCCUGUCCUGAGGGGGCUCAUCGAAAGGCUUCUCGACGGCAACAAAAAGGUGCAAGAGGCAGCGUGCUCCGCGUUGUCGGUGAUGGAGGAAGAGGUUGGCUACCGCUUGCAGGUCUACCUUGAUCCUAUCGUCAGGUGCUUUGCGGCGGCGUUGGCCAAGUACCAGACUCGAAGCCUGAUCGUACUGUACGACACCAUCGGUACCCUAGCCGACAACGCGGGAAACUGUCUCGCGCAGCCGGCCCUGAUGACCGUGUUGAUGCCUCCUCUCAUGCAGAGAUGGAAUCAGGUGGCGGACGACGACCGUACGCUCUUGCCGGCGCUGGAGUGCCUCGCUUCUAUCGUUAUCGCCGUAGGAGGCGCGUUAGACGCGUACAUCAUGCCCAUCUUUUCGCGAUGCCUCAAGCUGACGGAAAGCACACUCUUGGGACACGCUGCGGCGGACCAACCGGGGUACCAGACGGAACCUCCGGAAAAGGAGUUCAUGGUGUGCGCUCUCGAUCUCCUGAGCGGGAUGUCGGAGGGGCUUGGGGGCAGCUUCGGCUCUCUCCUCGCAUCGAGCAAUCUCUUGCAGUUGCUUUUGCAGUGCUGCGGGGAUGAGUCUGUGGAGGUGCGGCAGUCGGCGUUCGCCGUGGUGGGGGAGCUGGCGAAGUCGUGCAUGUCUCACCUCAAGCAGGCCCUGCCUCAGGAAAUAGUUCCCAAGGCGCUCGUUUAG